UCGUACUUUCGUACGUCAACGAUUUUGAUUGCUUUUUAAAUUAAAGACUACAAUUUUUUCGUUUUUUUUUCUGAGAAAUAUGCAAUCAAGAAGUGUUGUGUCGUGUCAACAUGAUAUUCUGAUUUGAAACCGUUAUUAUAUGAACGAAAAAUUGCUAGUCAUUAUCUCUAAAUUGAUAAAUUUCUGUCUUAAGUGUGUCGUUAGAUUUUAUCAGUAGUAUUGCUUGUUAUAUCUUAAUAAAAAUAUUUCGUUGGAUUUCAAUUACAAUAGUAGUGGCAAAAUGAAUUCUAAGGCCUCCUUAGCAAUAGUUACUGUUUUAGUUGGAUGUAUGCUAAAUAAUGUCUUCCUCGAGUACAUUAUUAAAUUGGAUGCUGGUGCGGGACACCUAAUAACCUUUCUGCAGUUCCUUUUUAUUGCUGUUCAUGGGUUUAUUUUUACCUCUAAAUUUGGUACCGUAAAGCCAAAAGUACCCCUGAAAGAUUAUUUGACUCUUGUUGCAUUUUUCUUCGUGACAAGUGUUGUAAAUAAUUGGGCUUUUAAUUUUAAUAUACCAGUACCACUUCAUAUGAUUUUCAGAGCUGGUUCUUUGAUAGCAAACAUGAUAAUGGGUAUAUGGAUUUUAAAGAAAAAGUACACAUGGGAUAAAUAUUUAUCAGUGUUUAUGAUAACAUUAGGGAUAAUUAUUUGUACAUUAUAUUCUUCGAAAGAUGUGAGAAAGACAUGUAAUAACUGUGAUAAUAAUAAUAAUAAUCCUAUAUCAAAUGAUGAAACUGUUAAAGCCCCUAUGGAAAUUGAUUCAAAUCAAUUCUUUUGGUGGGUCAUUGGAAUUUUACUUUUGACUGGUGCUUUGUUGUUAUCAGCCAGGAUGGGUAUUUAUCAAGAAAAUUUGUAUAAAGUUCAUGGAAAACACCCUGAGGAAGCUUUGUAUUACACUCAUUUCUAUUCACUCCCAGGAUUUUUAAUUUAUUCAAGCAGUAUUUGGGAGCAUUCGGUCAAAGCCACUAGCAGUGAUCCAUUUAAUAUUCCUUUUUUGAACUAUGCAGUUCCAGUUAUUUGGAUCUAUUUAAUUUUAAAUGUUUUGACUCAAUAUAUUUGUAUUAGCUCUGUAUAUGUUUUGACAACAGAAUGUGCCUCAUUAACUGUGACUCUUGUUAUAACCUUAAGAAAGUUUUUGUCUUUGAUACUUUCAAUUGUAUACUUCCAAAAUCCAUUUACAUUUGCUCACUGGGUAGGCACUGCUUUGGUAUUUGCUGGUACUCUACUUUUUGCAGAGAUACCAAAACGAAUUCUGGAUUCUCAAAAGAAAAAGAGCAGUAAAGUGGAUUAGCUCUCAUCAUUGUAUAUUUUGAUCAAUAGAUAAUUAUAAAAUUAUAAUUUAUUGUUGAAAUAAUUAUAGUUGUACAAUUUUA